GACCUGCCUUUUCGAAGACUUCAGAGUUAUUCUGUUCCAGGAAGCAGCAUAAGGAGCACCCUACAGUUGUAUUCCAGAGUCUCUUUUUGAUGAAAAACUUCUUGCAUACGUUUGUUAAUAGUGAAAUGGCUUUUCCAGAUAAUCUGUGAUACAUGUAGCUCCAGAGAGUUUGCAACAGACCUUUUCAAGAUGUAUCGAAUAUCCCAACUAAUGUCAACACCAGCAGCAAGUAAAUGUUCUUCAGUGUUUGAUAAACAGCCCAGGCAAAGUCUGUCCCCUGAACACAUUUUGCCAAGUUACACUUAUGCCUUUCUGGAUAGUGACACCUCCUAUGAAUGUUGUUCCAUAAACCCCUUGACAGGCUCUCUUUUCACAUGUCGCCGUAGUCCUCGGCUUCUUACUAAUGGCUAUUACAUUUUGACGGAAGACAGUUUUCUGUCUGAUGAAGAUGGUAACGUAACACUGACCCCGUCACAGACAAGUGUUACCUAUAAGGAGAAAUUAGUUAGAAUAUUCAGGAGAAGGAAGAAAAUCCGUCGCUCUCUUGCUAGUCUGUUCAGUCUCAGUGCUUCGGAUUCAUGGCUCAACAGCACUGUCCUUAGCAAUAUGGAUUCUCCUGAUGUAGAGGAGAUUUGGAAUGAUGGAGAUAAUAAACUAGAUGCCCAUCAGCACUAUGGCAAUGAUGACUUUGAGUUUUCUUCUGAAUGCAAAACCUGGAUGUCACAAAGGCAAACACCAGCAGCUGAUGAAUCCUCUUUUUCUAAAGAUGUGGUGUUCAUUCAGUCAAGAAAACAGUUCAGUGAUUCCUCUCUGUGCUCCCAGUUUAUGGUAGAUGGGUAUUUCCAUGAAGAGACUUUGGAUCAUUCAAAAUCCAGUGCAGUGAGAAAUGUCGUUUAUCAAAUGAUUAUACUGUCCAUGUGUUUAAUCAUUUCAGUGUGUGCAAGAUGCUUUCUGGGAGGACGCUUUGCCACUUUGUUGGCUUUUUUGCUGCUGCUAAUUUUAGUUUAUGCUGCCAAGUCAUCUUUCAUCAGUCUUGUCACAUCUUCCAAAACCACCAAAUUACAGAAAUAAUUGAAAGACUGAAUCGGUUUGCCAGCAUGUACAGACCACUUAUCUGGAGCCAUUUUUCUUUUGCCCGUGAGAAACUAUCAGAAUUUUCAGAGCUUUCUCCCAAUAACACAAAAUCAUUUUAUUUGGACUGUACUUGGAUCCUUUCACAGUUUGCUAGGAAGCCAGGCUUUCCACUAGUCUUUUUU